CCGCUGAGCAAAAGUCCAUAUUCGGGUUGUUUUUUCCCCGCCUGUCGGCUGCCGUUGAGUUGACCUGACUCCGGGAGACCCUGUGCACAGGAAGAUCAGACCUUUGUCAUCACAGGGUUCUCAUUCGCUGCUUCUGGGACGCAGAUCGCCUGGCCAUUCUUCCUGGGCACUCCGCUGUAACUUGUGCCACGUCAUCAUAACAGGCGAGACCACUGACAUAUAAAUGGUGGCUGCAUUUGUAAUCACAGGGUCUCCUGCACGAAUGAGACCCCCAAGAUGUCAACCUCAGUCCCUCAUGGCCAUACCUGGGCCCGACAGGUGAAGAAGGAGGACGAGGAAGAGGACCCACUGGACCAGCUGAUCUCCCGAUCUGGCUGUGCUGCUUCCCACUAUGCUGUACAGGAGUGCAUGGCCCAGAACCAGGACUGGAGGCAGUGCCAGCCGCAGGUGCAGGCCUUCAGGGACUGCAUGAGUGAGCAGCAGACAAGGAGGCGGGAGGAGCUUCAGAAGAAGAAAGAGCAAGCUGGUGCCCACCACUGAGACACCUAACUACUGAUUUCCAGAGACCAUCCCGCAGAAGCCAGCCCCCAGACACCGUGGGAGAAAGAAAUCCUACACAAGGGAAGUGUAAAAUUUGUGGACAGUCUCUGGAAUGGGUUGAGAGUCUGACAGCCACAAAUUAGGACAAGACUACCAUAAAGAGUUGUGAUGUUUUCAAAGUCAUAUCCCACACAGCCUCUCCCAUGUUAUUCCACCUAUUUUGCCAUAUAAAGCAAAUUCAGGAUACUCUCCUCUCCCUUAUCUUAGAUCAGUGUGCCAAGAACCGAACUGGUUGUGUGGACAUUUUAAUUUUAAAAGUAAAUUCACAGUCUAAAGGUAAAUUGGCUGCUUGAUCAGGCUUUCAUGCAUUCAGUCACUGGCUCAAUGGCAGCAAGUAUUUCUGAAACCUAGGCCAGGCACCGUGUGGACACUAACAUGAUGGAUAACAUGACCUUUGCCUUCAUGUUGUUUAGAGUUCAGCUUAAGAUGGAGAAAUGAAACACUGGAACAACUAACUCACUCAAGACAAUCACAUAAAUUUUUAUCCUCCACCAGUUACUAUCGUGUUUCAGCCUACAGGGAGGAAGACGGCAGAUAAGGGAACUUUUUAUUCAAAAAAAAUUUGAAUACCUGGUAUUUGUCAUACUCUGUUAAAUCAAUCAGAUGUAGACUCUGACCUCAGUGAAUGCCUACCAUUUAAAAAAAUUAUAUUUGUUGUAUGAGCCCCUAAUAAAGUGAUUAUUUAAUAAAAAAUUAUAUUUAA